GCCACUGCUGGCCAGGGGCUGUUGGAAGAGCAGCUGGAGCUCCAGCAGGCUGAGAGAAGAUUGGGAGAGGCUAAGAAAAGACUGUUCUAAUAGCUUAAGUAAUGUUUCUAACCACAGUACUGCUCAAAAAAAGAAUUCCUGGGAAGCAAUGGAUUGGAAAAUACAGAAGACCAAGAGUGGUUACUCUUUCAAUGAAGCGUUCAAUGAUUCAAAGGCUGGAAGUUGAAGCUGAGAAUGAAUAUUGGCUGAGUCAACCAUACAUGACACCACAACAGGAAUAUAAACAUAAUACAGAGCGGAGACUUGCAAAAUGGGAAGCUUUUAAAAGCCAGUUGAUAUCCAAGUUUCCUGAACACAAAUAUGUUGCAGAUCAUUUGAACCACCUGAAUGUGACUAAAAAAUGGACACAGUCUUAAAUCAUAUCUGAUCAUUUGGGGCUUUGCUUUACCACCUGUUCUAGCUUGUAACACACCUUAUGAAAAUUGUGUACUUGCUAUAAAAAUGUAGGGAUGAGGAUGUGCAUCAGAUAAACAAUUGUCUUCUGUUAA